AACAUCACAGAUAAGUAAUAAACACACCUUAGAGGACAAACAAACCCAGCCCUGGCAAAUUCCCAGAAACACCCCUAGGAAGAUUUUCAAAUCACCGGCGCCCUCUUCCCCGGAAAAGCAAACAGGAAACCAGCCCCGGUAAAGAAGCUUUAUAGACAUCAGCAGAUUGGGAAUGGCAAGGAAGGUGCGCUCCACCCUCGUUCUCGUGUCCUAGUCUAGCUCGCUGCCGCUGUUGCUGGGGUAUCUGCGCCCUGGAGGAGCUCUGGGGAUCGAAUGGAGCUUUGUUCCACUAGCUUCCGGCUCCAGAUUACUCUCUAGGUUCUAGGUUGUUUGUUCGACGGAGAGAUUCGAGGACGGGGAAGAGGAGGAAGAAGGGCGGUGAGGUUGCUAGGGUUUGGUGGAGUGCUCGCCGGAGUUUGAUCGGAGACGAGGAAGAGGGAGAGAGCGUGGGAUGGACGCGUACGAGGCGACGAAGGUGGUGUUCGCGCGGAUCCAGGGGCUGGACCCGGACCACGCGGCCAAGAUCAUGGGGUACCUGCUCAUCCAGGACCACGGCGAGAAGGAGAUGAUCCGCCUCGCCUUCGGCCCCGAGGCGCUGCUCCAUUCCGUCAUGGCCAAGGCCCGGACCGAGCUCGGCCUGCUCGGCCACCACCACCACCACCUCCCGUCGUCGGGGCCAGGGACGCCGACCACCGCCGCGAACCAGUCGCCGUUCAUGCUCUCGCGGCAGAACUCCGGGCGCGGCCUCGGGGGCGGUGGUGGCGGCGGGACCGCGCCGUCGCCGCUGUCGGUCUCGUCGCCGUCCUCGUGGGCCCCGCCGCCCGUGUUCUCGCGGAGCAACAGCGUCGUCAGCAAUGGCGCGGGGGAGGAGAUGGGGGGCGGGGGGGAGGAGCUGAUGAGCCCGGCCAACGGCGGGGGCCCGCAGCACCAGCCCUUCUUCGGCGGGGGCGGGGACUCGCUCGUCCUCGACGAGCUCCACCUGCAGGACCAGCUCGCCUUCCUCGGCGGCGGCGACCGCCAGCAGCAGCAGCUUCCCCUCUUCGAUGGCGGCGGUUCCGAGUGCCGAAGCCCCGGCGGAGACGCCGGGGUCUUCCCCUACGGCGCCGGGUGGGCCCACGGGCACCGCCGCAGCGCGUCCGUGAGCGAGCUCUGCUUCGGCGGCGGCGGCGGCGGGGACGCGCUCGGGUGGAAGCCCUGCAUGUACUACGCGCGCGGCUACUGCAAGAACGGGAGCGCCUGCCGCUUCGUCCACGGCGGCGGCGGCUUCUCCGACGACCUCGCCGGCGCCAAGAUGGACCAGGCCGCCGUGGAGCAGCAGUGCCAUGACUUCCUCCUGCGCUCCAAGUCGCAGCGCCUGGCCGGCGGCUUCCCUUACUCCCCCACCGGCUCCCUCCCCGGCUCCCCCUCCGCCGCCAGCAAGUGCCUCAGCUUGCUCCUCCAGCAGCACCAGCAGCAGAACGAGAGCCAGAGGGCCGCGGCAGCUGCGGCGGCAGCAGCGGCGCUGAUGCUGGGCGGCGACGAGGCGCACAAGUUCAUGGGCCGCGCCCGGCUGGACCGCGGCGACUUCGCCAGCAUGAUGAACCCGGGGUCGCGCCAGAUUUACCUCACCUUCCCGGCCGACAGCACCUUCCGCGAGGAGGACGUCUCCACCUACUUCAACAUCUACGGCCCGGUCCACGACGUGCGCAUCCCGUACCAGCAGAAGCGCAUGUUCGGCUUCGUCACCUUCGUCUACCCAGAGACGGUGAAGCUCAUCCUGGCCAAGGGCAACCCGCACUUCAUCUGCGACGCCCGCGUGCUCGUCAAGCCGUACAAGGAGAAGGGCAAGGUCCCCGACAAGUUCAGGAAGCAGCAGGGAGAGAGAAUGGACUUCGCCAGCUGCACGUCGCCCACCGGGCUGGACGCCAGAGACCCCUUCGAUCUGCACCCGCUCGGGUCGAGGAUGCUGCAGCACUCUAACAGCGCUAACGAGAUGCUGCUGAGGAGGAAGCUGGAGGAGCAGCAGCAGGCGGCCGAGCUGCAGCAAGCAAUUGAGCUCCAGAGCCGGCGCCUCAUGGGGCUGCAGCUGCUGGACCUCAAGUCCCGCUCGGCGGCGCUGCCGACUCCCAUCGGCAAUCCGUUUAGUCCCUCACACACCACCGGCGCCACGCCUACCGUCGAGUCCCCGCCUGAUUCCGGGGAGCAAGGCAAUGGCUGCGGCUUCCUUUUUCCUCACAAGAAGGCGGUCAACGGAGCUGAUAAGGAUGAAUCCGCCGGUGAUUCCACCACCAGCCCUCACACUGACAGUGACCAAAGCGCGGAACAUAACCUGCCGGACAGCCCGUUCGCGUCGCCGACCAAGUCCGCCGCCUUCUCCCGUGAUCCAUUCGCGCCCACGGAGGCAGAGAUCUCCGCCGCCUCGACCGGUUGCAACGCAUCCUACGCCGGCAUCCGUAACGGUGGCAGCGGUGCUAACCAUCUCCUGCCUCCUGCAUUGGACAUACCCUCACCAAAACCUUGCUUCUUUCCCAUGUCCAGGCUGUCCUCCGAUCACGGCGCGAUCGGGAUGUAAAGUAGCCUGAAUGGAAGGGAGUAAUACUACUGCCUAAUCAUAGAAAAUACUAGCAGCAAAGAAAAAGACAAUAGAGCAAUGUAGGAAAAAAGAGUGAACAAGUUGCAGCAUAGUGUUUAGUUUCAGCCCCCUUUUUUCUUUCUUUUAUCUCUUCCCACAAGGUUAUGAUACUAGCUCAUUAAACCCCACAAGAGAGGAAGAGAACCCCAAAACAAAUAACAGGAGCACCAGUGUUCUAAAAAUACACAUGAUUAGAUAAAACUAGGAACCUACUACUACUACUAUUACUACUACCAUAUAUGCAUUAGUUACACUGAGUUAAUUACCACUACUAUACCACCAGUACAACCAGCCAGCCACCAACCCUCCUUUGAUGUAACACCAGAGCUCCUCACCUCAACAACAGCCGCUCCUCCACCAGCACCGCAGCACGUAGUUGAGUAGUAGCAUUAGGUGUAGUGUGUUUAGCCACAAGCAUACAUACAGUACAAUGUUAACAACAUACACUCGUACUCUACAAGUGCUCUGCUUUGCUGUGCUGCAAAGACCAGUACCAGAAGUGACAGAUCGGUUGAAUAGUGCAUGUAUAGCUAGCUAAAGCUAGUGUGUUGGUGACCUGGUGCAUGUAUGUCUGUAUGUAUAUGUAUAAUUCAGCCGUCACGUACUAGCAACAGGUCAGAUCAGUUGUAGCGGUGUCAAUUGGCAAAAGGGCUCAAGGACCACUGCACUACUUCGUGCUGCUGCUGCUGCUGCUGCUGUGUGAGUGCCAGUGCCCAGUGGUAGCAAGCUGUAGGGCGAGGCGUCUGUCAGCGUUGUCCGUGGAUCACGGUCCCCUUUUUAUUGCCCAUAGCUGCUUCCCGGCAACAGAUUCAGCAGCUCAAUACAGAAGAUGUUUUCCAUCUAUCUUUUGCUUGUUUGAAUCUUUACUCUGGCUACUUGGCCCCUCUGCUUCUGCCUGGUGUUUUGCUGCAGUGCCUUAAUUUGGUCCAUCUCUCCCGGCUGCUGCUUUCGUCCGUUGUGUAAAUGUAAAUGAAAACAACUUAGUGCUGGAUGGACAGCGAUAAGAUCGGACAAGCAGAUUAUCGUCCCGGGGACAUGACA